CAAUGAUGAAUCAACCAUAGAUUCAAAGCUACACAAAAGAGGUAUUUGUACUUACCUCUGACUAACAAUUUGCGACCCGUCUUACUUUCCGUAGAAAUUAUGCCUCCAAACCUUAUCCCUAAACAUCAAUCAAAAUCUAGAACGAACCAUUAUCUUCCUCGUCUACCUACCCAAGUGCUUAUACACUUACUUAUACACCUAGGUACCGAUACGCCUACCUACCUAACCUAUAAUAUAGUUCCCAGGACUAUACCUUAUGGUAUUUGCUUACAUUAGGUGCAAUACAUAUCCAGUAAUUAUACACACGCGCGCGCACACACACACACACACGCCUUUUGUCGUCCUGGCGUAUACGAACUAUUCCCAAGUAGUUUAAUUCACAUCUCUCGGCUCAUUAAUAUUCAUCAUACCUACAUCAUUCCACCUUUUAUACUUUUUUGUUGAGGACUUAUCAUUUGCUCUAGUUAUCUUAUUUCUUCGCUUCAUUCUCACCUUCAACUCACCUUUAUCCCACUUCCACUUCCGCUUCCACUUACGUCUCCAAUCAAACCAUAUCUUUUAUCAUAUCGUCGCCUCCAAUCAUAUCCGACAAUUAUAUGCCGAUCCUUCUAAAAAGGGAUAGGAAAAUCAAGGAAAGCUAGCGGUGACAUUGGAUAACGGCUAUACGCUUACAGAUGCAGCUGAGCAUUCGCCCUUUGCAGCCACAUAGCAUAUAGCAUGGCCACAACCAAUGAGACAGAGACACAGGGGGCUUUGGGGCGACAGCUACCUAAUGACGACACUAAAUCAAUAGGUAAACCUACAAUCCAUUCGGGGAAGCUCAUUUAUGCCAAACCUCAGGAUCUUCCGAGCUUCCCUUCUAUUGGUCUCUCACCAAAAGGAUCCGCAGCAAGUGCUGCUGCCGCUUUAGGUUGGGUAUCCAAUACAUCGCCAGAUCUGUGGAAGCCGGAUAAGUCCGCUCCAGCUUCAGCCGCCGCCGUCAUGGCUAAAGAUUAUAAGCUGAGUCCCACAUGGGAACCCGCUCCUAGCCAGCACAGCGCUAAAGCUGCUUUAUUGGCCUCGCAAUCUGCUAUGAGCGCCACCAAGCCCGCGAAACCCACCACUCCCGAUCAAGGCCAUUCUGCUGCAAACUUGGCUUUCAAGUCAGAUCGGAGUGUCCCUGGUUCUGCUCAUGGGAGUCCUCUAGAGCAUCGAAGGUCGCUACUUGCUGCGAAAGGUGCCAUGGCAAACCGUCAGAGAGCCAAGUCCUCUCCGAUUCCGAAGGAAACAUAUCCCGACGAGGCAAAUGCUGCUGCCAAUGCCCUAAGUGCUGCGACGCAUGCCCAUAGACCAGUCCGGUCACCGGCAAUAAGCGAUGUCAGCGAGAAGGCCGGCUCUGUCCUUUACACUAAUAUGAGCAGGCAGAUGUUCACAUCCCGACCACCUGUGAAAUCAGAAGUCGAAGAACAGAAGAGGGCAGAUGUUCUCCAUGCAUCUGCUGUCGCGAUGGCUAAGAAGAUGUAUAAUCAGCAGCAAAAGAUGAUCGAUGCCAAAAAGGCACAUGAUAAUGCUAACCUCGCCCAAGAACACCAUGACGCUCUUAGUAGCAUCAGUGAUGAUGCGCAGCCUAUCCAGCUUACUACCUUGCAGGAUGCAGCUUACAAGCAAGCCCAGGCACGCCUAGCUAAAUUGCACGAGGAGCACUUGAAGGGUCGAGAAUAUCAGGAGUACUACGGCGCUAAACCGGUCACGCGACGUUUUUCGAUUCGAGGCAAGCUCAGGAAGAGAGCUUCAAGUGAUGGUGACGUUAUCGAAGAUCGCAGGAGAUCGCAGCAGAUCCGGCAGCAGAUGUCUCUAUUCUCUAGCAAAAUAUCCGAGGUUGAUGAUAAAAAGCGGCAGCAGGAUCAAGAGGUAUUACUUGCCGCAGCCCAGCGGAACGUGCACGAGCGUCUGAAAGGAAUGGACGAGAAGAUAUCCGCCGAAACCGGAAUGGUGCAUCCAUCUAGUCCAACACAAUGGGAAAUGAAGGCGCAUGCUAUAGCCCAGGCUAAAGCCGAGCAGCGCAUGAGUCGAGGGCACGGGAAGGUUGAUAUUGGCGCCGGAAAGUACAUGAGCCAAGACGAUAUUGAUGCGAUCGCCGCAGCGAGGGUCAGACCUGUGUUGGAUGAGAUCAACGAAAAGGUCGAAGAAGAGCAGGCAAGGCAAACGGAGUUACGUCUGGAGAUGGAGAAAAAGAAGGAAGAGGAAGAAGUCGAAAAGGCCCGGCAAAAGGAAAUUCAUGACAUAAAUAAACGACUCAAGGAGCAAGACAAGCAGGAGCAGAAGGAGCGUAAGGCAGAAGAAAAGCAUGAAGCCAAAGUCAGGAAAGAAGAGGAAAAGGCAGCCAAAGCUGAGCAAAAGCGGAUAGCGAAGACUGAGAAGCGCAGGCCUACAGCUGAGCGAUCUGGAGACAGCCAGGAAGAGCCAGAACCUGUGAGCGAUACAGUUGUUACGAAUACUGCAGGACAACUUGCUAGUGUGCAUCCGCCGGAACCCGGUUAUACCAACGCCGAAGACGGAACGGUGGAUCGAGAGUCCGGGGAAGGGCAAUCGAAAGGCGGCGUAAAGACGUGGUUCAAAAAUCGAUUUUCCAGGGGAGCGAAACACACAGACGAGAAGGGCAAGUCGGUCGAGCGAGGUUUCAUCGGCGGGGCAGCCUUGACGGGAAUCGAGAGCUCCGCAAGCAUGGAUAACCGCAGCGCUAGCGUGCGCGCCGUCGCAAUGGCCGGCCGGGGACAGACUAGUAGUGGUCCGGAAGACGAAGUUACGGGCGCCGUGACACCGAUGAGCAGCGUGAGCGAUUAUGAUAAUGAUGACAACGACGACGACACCGACGAGAAUGAGAAUGGGCUUUCUCGCGACGAGGCGCGAGAUCGGCCUAAGACGGCUUUGACGCCUCCCAAGCCGUUUGGCUCGCCAGUUGCGAGUCAAAGUCCUACUAGGGAUUCUAAGUUUGUGGAGAUGGUAUAAGGAGAAUAGUGGAUUCUUGUCACAAACGUGCUUAUGGCUAUUUCCCCCCUUUCGCUUAUUCCCUGCGUUAACGACAUAUCCUUUGCUGGUGUAAGCGGAGUUAUAUUUACGGUUCCUUCGACUUCCGGAGUAGUUGCUUGGUUUGUUUUCUCGGAAUUUUACGAUAUGGAGGGUUGGUAGAAUUGGACCAGACAACAACCGCAAGGAAGUGAGGGCAUGAAAACUGGGGUUUUUAUUUCAUUCUUUGCUAGCAGAAUUAGUUCACGUGGGUUUAUUUUUUACCUGGAGUUCGUCUACGCUGUACGUUUUAUUAGGCUGGUUGUAGGGGGAUUGGUGAUUUGAUCGAACACGUUGGGGUAACAGCACCGAUACUUCCCCCCUUUCUUGUUAUUUGCGAGGGCUUAUGGGCUUGGAGUCUAUGAUUUGUUUUUAUCUUUUAUUUGUUGCGAUUUCAUGUUAUAUUGUACUAAAUACUGAUGUUUGUCAUUUUUGAUUAAAUUUGAGGCUUGUUAAAGAUUCCAAUAUUAUGUUUACAUAUUUGUUACCUUGUGUAACAGAAAAUAUUUGUAUCAUUUAACACACGCCGCCUGUUUCUGUCGUACAGAUUAAUGCUAUAUCGUGAAAAGUCUGCUGUCGUAUACUCAAUAUGUCGGCUGUACCUGCCGAACAGUUCUUAAAACCGCAAUCACU